AUGUGCAGGGCACUCAACCCUAAAUAUACCCCUCCUUCCAGAAGUUAUCUAAGCGACACAUUAAUUCCUUCCUGGUAUGAUGUUGAAAAGGCCAAUGUGAUCAUGCACUACACAAGCCAGGGCAGUGUAAAACAGAAGGUCCUUCACACCAGGGCAGUGUACAAAUCACAAACUGGCAAAGUAGUGGCAGAGGAGAUCUCAGACAUCCUGGAAGAGUUUGAGAUAGAUCCGAGCAAGAUUGUAGCUGUGACUGUUGAUAAUGCUAGCAAUAUGGAUAUUGCUAUCAAGAAGCUACAGAUCCUAAAAAUAGGAUGUUUUGCACACACAUUGAAUCUGGCUGCACAGAAAAUUUACAAAAUUGCAUCUAUUGAUAAAUGGGCAGCCCGAAUCAGAGCAGUGGUCGUGUGGUUCAAGAGAUCCUCAAUGUCCAAAACAGUGUUGACAGAAAAGCAACAGCUCCUUGGCCUUCCACAACACUCACUCAUCCUGGAUGUCAAGACCAGGUGGAACUCUCUAUAUCUAAUGAUAGAGAGAUUUAUGGAGCAGUUUCCAGCAAUCCAAGCAGCAGCCUUGGACCCACGACUGCAAAAAGCAUUGUCCAAGGACAACCUGGACCGUCUGAAAGAUGAGGACUUCCAUAAGGCUGAGGAGUUUGUCCAGAUCAUGAGAAUCCUUUAUACAUCCACAUUGUGUGUGUCAUGCGAAAAGAAUGCCACCUGUGGACAGAUCUUACCCAUCCUUCAAAAACUGGAAGAACAUUUUACUCUGAAGGAUGAUGAUACCAUGUUUGUGGCAUCAAUCAAAGAGAAGGUGUGGGAGAACCUCUCCCAGCGAUAUCAGAAUGAUGAGAUUCAAGCCUUCCUGCAUGAGGCCACAGCAAUGGACCCCAGAUUCAAAGGGAGGUCAGUCAGUGAUGCAACUUGGGACAGACUGAGGAUGAAAGCUAUUGACAGUGGGACAGGACCAACAACAGAGCUGGAACAGACAGAUACAGAGCAAAAGGAUGGGUCAUCUGAAGAAGAAGGUGAGGAAAUGGAGGAGACAAUACCUCCCAUGCAGAAAACAAGGAGUGCCUUGGAGGAGCUGUUCUCAGAGGAGGACAGGAAAUUAAGGUUGACCAUCCAACAGGAUACCUCUGCCCUCACCCUUAGCGAACGUGUUGGCCAAGAGGUUGAGGUCUACAAAAGCCUGCCUCCCAUUCCUAUGGCUGAAGAUCCUGUGUUGUGGUGGUGGGAGAAGAGAGCUGUUCUGCCCCUCCUCACAAAUGUUGCAACAGGCUACCUCUGUGCUCAAGCCUCCUCCACCCCAAGUGAAAGGGUGUUUUCAACUGCAGGGAACACAUUAAGCCAGGAAAGGUCCCGUCUUUUGCCAGAAAAGGCAAAUAUGUUAAUCUUUCUUCAGAAGAAUGGCUAA